AUGUCAAAGGUAGGCGCUGCCCUUGGCCUUCGAUUCCAUGCACUCGCCGGCGAUUCGGAAUUGUGGAAACGACGAUAUUUUGCAAAAUGGGUACUACCUCGAGCACGCUCUGUUCCGCAAUCGAAACAUUUGAAACUUGCAUCAACCGGAACAGUUUAUUCACCGCGGGUAUCGAAAUGGCUCGGUCAUAGUCACCUUGCGACGGAGGGCGGUAACUCCAUACAUUGGAAAACGCAGUAUCGACUGCGACACAACUGGUCUAAAGGGACAUGUCGACUUGAUGAACUGGAGGUUUCGCGCCCACCACUGCCUCAGAUAUUGAUAAAGCUAUACUCUGGCGUCGUCAUCACUGCGGAUAAGGAGCAUGGGCUGCGAGCUUGGUCUACAAAAAGCCCUAAGAAACAGCUAACAGAGCUACCGUUUCCGAAAGACGAUGACACACCUACAGCUCUUUAUCUGACGAAGGGCUCUUCUUCCACUACUUCCUCGUCUAUUGAGAUUACGGUUGGCUUUGAUGACGGUCAUUUUAGUGUCUACAAUCUAGAUGUGGCACAGAGAGAAUUCACGAUCCGCUUCUCGCAAAAGUCCACGACUGAUGGCACUAUAACUGCGAUAGCUUCGGCUCCUCCGUAUCUCCUCACAAUAUCGGAUCAUAAGAAUUUCAAUUUAUAUAAGAUACCGCCUCAUGUUGCUCAACAUGAAGAACCAUCACCUCCUGAUCAGCUUCGUUUACUAGCGUCGUUGGAAUCCAAUAAUACAUUCGCGCCAAUGUCACUUUCACUGAGAUGUUCGGCUUCCGGUGUCAUAGCAUCAAUAGCAUACAGCUUCUUUCACCUCAGCAAUGGCUGGACCAUUGGGAUACAGGAGCUACGAUUCAACAGGGACGGAGAACAUAUUACCUCGCGCUUAGCUACCACGGUUGCAGUGCAGCCAAAAGCUGGCGAUACUGGACUUAAUGGCCAUCCAAUAGACUCCAGCGGCAAACCCAACACUAACACUCGUGGAUUUGCGAAUCUCGUCUCGACGGAUUCUAUACAGCACAAAGAAGCCCCGACAUCUUUAUCAUACUCUCACCCUUUUCUGCUCACGUCUCACAGCGACAACACCUUAACGAUGUACCUUGUCUUCUCGUCAGCGGACAAACUUGUUAUUCGAGAUAGUCGGCGUCUUUGGGGUCAUACAUCGUCGGUGUCAAGUGUGCAAGUCGGCGACCGAGGCAAAGCCGUAUCCGUCAGUCCCCGGGGGAACGAGAUUCGGAUAUGGGAAUUGGAGUCUGCAAUAUCCUCUUCAUCCUCGUUUGGUUCUUUCUCCUCGCCUCUCAGUUCCCGUAGUCGAAGUAUGAAGGGCGAGUCCAGUGUGCAGAUCCACUAUGAGCAGCCAUCCUCCACGCCGAGUUUUUCACUAAAUACGACUUCCGGGGCCAAAGACUGGGGUCGCCGUGUCUCCUACCAGAGAGACCUGGAUGAGAUUUCGCCGCCGUCUACGAGGGAUGUAGACGGAUGGGUCGGAUUCGAUGAAGAGCAAGUUGUUGUCUUGCGUCAACGGGGGCUGAGAGCACAAUUUCUGGAAUGUUACGAUUUUACGUAGAUGGUUUUCCCUUCUUUGUGGUAUAAACUCUUUUUACUGUCCAUAUAUAUGUCUCCCACAAAUUAGAAGAUCAUAUACUAUC